CGCGGGUCCUGGCUCGACGAGGCCGACGAGCUCGCGGCGAGCUGCUUCGCGUGCUCCUCCGCGUUCCACCCGGUGAAGAACCGGCGCCACCACUGCCGCCGCUGCGGCGACACGUACUGCAUCGGCUGUUCCUCCCGCUACCAGCCGUUGCUGCUGAGUGGAUUGGAGACGCCCCAACGCGUCUGCGACGCCUGCUACGACGCCGCGGCGCGCGACAAC